GUGUGCCUGGAAACCAAGUUACCGGAAAACUGCUUUGCCCAGCUCUCUGUGGAGAUAAUAAACAACAUCGGCUUUAAAAAAGGUCUACACGUCCAGGGCCGGUCUUACUGGGCACCAUCAAACAUUGGACCAUAUUCGCAGGCCAUAGCAGAUACAUCCACCUACAUGGCCCACAUCAGCGGCCAAAUCCCGCUAGUCCCCAAAGACAUGAGCGUGUGCAAGGAUGUUUUGACUCAAACGGUGCUCGCACUCCAACACUUUGAGCACGUCAAGGAGGCCAUCGGAAGCAAGACCGUGCUCUUCAUGUGCUGCUUUGUGACCGACGCAAGCCUCGUGGACGUCGUCAGUCACACUUACACCCUCUAUACGCAAGCAUCACGUGAUGUUGACCACGUGCCACAAUUAGUGACGGUGAUUGCGAGCGCGCUGCCCCGCGGGGUGGACGUGGAGUGGACGGGUGUGUGUGUGAACGAGGGUGUGGGCGACUACGAGCACGCAAAGAUAGCGUUCGAUACAGACAUGGAAUACUUGGCAGACAGACACUACAGGAUAUACUACAGCGGUGUCGGGCUGCCUGCUGCGUUGCCAAGUUCCUACGAGAUGGUUCCGGUGCAAGGUGUGUUUGACGUUUCCGCGGAAGAGCGGCGAUAUGCUGUGGUGGAAAUGCCAUGAGCCCUCUCUACGUAUCACGUGCCCACACAACACCGCGCACCAGAAGUCGCGGAAAAAAUUUGGCGGAGUGAGGGUGGUUGGCCUGCGCGAAGAGAUUACUCAGAGAUAUUUCUUUUCAGCCAAAGAGUUAUUUCCAAGAUGUCGACCAGAGCUCCAAAGUGGUACGAAUCGGAGGACGUUCCUGUUCCAAAGCAGACCAGAAAGUCUGCCAGACCCCAGAAGCUGAGAGCCUCACUUGUUCCGGGCACCGUUCUGAUUCUUCUUGCUGGAAGAUUCAGAGGCAAGAGGGUUGUCUACCUGAAGAACCUUGAGGACAACACCCUUCUUGUUUCCGGCCCAUUCAAGGUCAACGGUGUUCCUUUGAGAAGAGUCAACGCCAGAUACGUCAUUGCCACCUCCACCAAAGUGUCUCUUGACGGCCUUGACCUGUCCAAGUUCAACGUGAGCUACUUUGCUAGAGAGAAGUCCAGCUCCAAGAAGUCGGAGGGUGAAUUCUUUGGCGAGGGUACCAAGAAGGAGAUCAAGAGCGAGAGAAUCGAGGACCAGAAGGUUGUUGACAAGGCCCUGAUCUCCGAAAUUAAAAAGACCCCAUACCUGAAACAAUAUCUGGCUUCCACCUUUUCUCUGAAGAGCGGUGACAAGCCUCACGCCAUGAAGUUUUAGAGUCCAUCACCGCCAUCGCCCUGUCUACCAACUCCAAGUCC